CGGGGACUACUGUAUUAAAGAGAACACAUAACUACUGUAUUAUAGAGAACACAUAACUACUGUAUUAAAGAGAACCCAUAACUACUGUAUUAAAGAGAACCCAUAACUACUGUAUUAAAGAGAACACAUAACUACUGUAUUAUAGAGAACACAUAACUACUGUAUUAUAGAGAACACAUAACUACUGUAUUAAAGAGAACACAUAACUACUGUAUUAAAGAGAACACAUAACUACUGUAUUAUAGAGAACCCAUAACUACUGUAUUAAAGAGAACACAUAACUACUGUAUUAAAGAGAACACAUAACUACUGUAUUAUAGAGAACACAUAACUACUGUAUUAUAGAGAACACAUAACUACUGUAUUAUAGAGAACACAUAACUACUGUAUUAUAGAGAACACAUAACUACUGUAUUAUAGAGAACCCAUAACUACUGUAUUAAAGAGAACACAUAACUACUGUAUUAUAGAGAACACAUAACUACUGUAUUAUAGAGAACACAUAACUACUGUAUUAUAGAGAACACAUAACUACUGUAUUAUAGAGAACACAUAACUACUGUAUUAUAGAGAACACAUAACUACUGUAUUAUAGAGAACACAUAACUACUGUAUUAUAGAGAACACAUAACUACUGUAGGAGAGAGGACACAUACAGUUGAAGUCGGAAGUUUACAUACACUUAGCUUGGAGUCAUUGAAACUCUUUUUUUUUUUUUUUAACCACUCCACAAAUUUCUUGUUAAAACCUCUUUAGGCUAUGCAGGACGUUAGCGUCCCGCAUAGGCUAACAUCUGGUGAAAUAGCAUAGCGCAAAGAUACUAAAUACACAAUUCGUAAUAUUAAACGUUCUUGUAAAUACAUGUAUCUAACAUCAUUUAAAAGCUUAACAUCUUCUUAGCAAUCCUUACGAUAAUCUGAUGACAGCGCGCCACACACACACAAGUAUUACUAGCAUAUUCCAACCAAGCAUUAGCGUCACUAAAAACAAGAAUUGGCACUAAAAUAAUGAAUUACCUUUGAAGAUCUUCUUUUGGCAAUACAAAAAGUCCAAUCUUCACAAUAAAUUUACAUUUACAUUUAAGUCAUCUAGCAGACGCUCUUAUCCAGAGCGACUUACAAAUUGAAUAGUUGUUUUGUUCGAUUAAAUCCAUUUUUAUAGCAUAAAACGACACAUUUUGUUAAAUGGCUUGUGUCAUGAAUUCCGUAUCCUUCAACUUUCAAUGAGACAUUCGAUGCAAUUACUCACACUACAUUUACGUUUAUCUAGUCAUGGUUGGUUUCAUUGUAAUCCUCUGUUAGUAACACAGCCAUACUUGAUGGUUCUUUUUACAGGCGUAUUGACCGAAAGGAACUGAUUUGAACACAGCAAACAAUGACCUCAUUGCGUGCCAAUGAUAUCACCAGUGCUUCUUUGAAUGACUGUAUUUCUGCCCAAUCACCACUGAUUGUCUUGAAAUCUCGCUUGGUAGACAGCCAAUGGGCUGAGGUAAACGGCAAUAUCUAAUGUUUAUAUCCGGGAAGACCAGCUUUUGAACAUUUGUUUUUAUUUUACCUUUAUUUAUUUGAGCGUAACACAGCCAUUUGCCAUUGGAAUUUCUACCCGAAGGAGCCACUUUGUUUGCGCGAAGCAGUAUUGAGUCAAGAUCAUUUUCCGCUAUUUUAUUGAAGGAAUUAUGGCGAGUAAAUCUGGAAAAUCAAAGGCAAAGUCCAAGUAUACAGAUCUACAUGAUAUUAUUGAUGAGAUUGAUAGAGAAAGUGACACAGAAUUACAAGAAGAUCUAUCGGAUUGUAUGUCAAGUUUGGACUCCCAAUUUGAGGACAUGUUUCUGUAUGGUGAAGAUGCCAUUCUCGAUUGUCCCUCCGAUUCUGAUUGGGAGCCCCCAUUGCCAAGGUGCCCAUCCCCCACAGGAGCUGGAUCAUCUAGCUGGACCCCUGCUGUCUCCGGCUCCACACCUACCCCCGCCCUGCCAGGUGGGAAGUCUGUGACAAAGAAGUGGAGGUGGGGAAGAGCGAAACCUGCAAUCAGAGAGGAGGAGGGUCGUUGGCACUCUGUGCUGGAGGAGGAUGUGUUGCCUACACCUCCAGUAUUCAGACCGAAGAGGCCAUCGGGACCUCAGCUGGACAUGACCUCUAAGUACAGCCCCAUGCAACUUUUUCAGCUGUUUUUCACCUCGGCAGUUGUUGAUUCCCUGGUGUCGAACACAAAUAAGUAUGGUGCUAAGAAGCAAGCAGGCAAGAAAGAGGGAUGGAAGCUAAAAACCCUGAAAGACUACUGGAAAACUGCUCCCCUCUAUCAACUGCCUUUCCUCUCCACUGUCAUAUCAUGCAAAAGGUUUCUGACAAUCUCACGGGCGCUUUAUAUCAGUGACCCAGAAGUUGAUGAGGACAAUGAGAAGAUGAAAGGCACAGCAAGGUUUGAUAGGCUGUGCAAAAUAAAACCUCUCUACCCCAGCAUCGUUGAGCCUUGCAAAACCUAUUUUCAGCCUGCCCAGAACGUUUCCAUUGAUGAGAGGAUGGUAGCUUCAAAGGCCAGAAUUGGUCUAAAACAAUACAUGCGUAACAAACCAACUAAAUGGGGUUACAAACUGUUUGUUUUGGCUGAUUCUGCGUGUGCAUACACGUGCAAUUUAUUUGUUUAUGAGGGGAAGAGCAGUUUUGCGACCGGUAAGGGACUUAGCUAUGACUCUGUUAUGCAGUUAUUAGAUUUUCAACUCCUGGGGAAGGGCUACAAACUGUUUGUGGACAACUUCUACACAAGCCCUACCCUGUUUGCAGACCUGAGGAAGCGGGAUGUGUGGGCUUGUGGCACCAUUCGGACCAACAGAGUGGGCUUUCCAAAGACAAAGGUGAACGGCAUGCCUAAGCGGGCUGAGCCGGGUACCAUGCGAUGGAUCCUUGAAGAUGGCCUGCUGUUUGUGAAGUGGAUGGAUACCAGAGAGGUGGUCAUGUGCUUCAGUAUCCACAAGUCCUUCAGUUGAGAUCACGUCGUCAGGCGUGUGAAGGGUGCUACUGGGGCAUGGACCACAAAAAAUGUCCCCAUUCCUGCAGCCAUCAAGGACAACAACAAGAGCAUGGGAGGUGACCUGUCAGAUGCACUGAUUGGCUACUACAAUGUUCUCCACAAGGCAAUGAAAUGGUCUACGUUUUUCUAUCAUUUCAUUGACGUUGCUGUGGUGAAUGCCUUCAUCCUCCAGAAGGAAAUGGCUAAGAGCUGUGGACAGCCACCCAUCUCACAGCAAGCCUUCAGGGACCUGCACAUCCAGGAGCUUGCUAGCUACAGCAAGUCCACUGCAGCACCUUCUGUCCCCUCUACCUCUGUCCCCUCUACCUCUGUCCCUUCUCCUCCAACCAGUAGUGUUCACCUGCCCAGAUUCAUCUCUGCAGGCAUGAAUGUGCCUCAGGGCAAAAGGGCACAGUAGGGAGACGUCAUUGUGUUCUGUGUCACAGGAAAUGCCCCAUCACCUGCACCAGCUGUUCAGUAACCCUCUGCUUUACAGCAGAAAGAGACUGCUAUUGGGCAUGGCAUCAGAAGAACAAUAUUGUGUAGAGGACUGAGGGUCUUCACAAUAUUGUACAUUAUACAUUGAAUGUGUGUAAAUAGUUACCCUUGUUAUUUUACAUUUAUUCAAAAGGUCAUUUUUUUGUGGUGUGGGGGGGGGUUGUUAGAAUUGCAUUUUAGUGUUUUGUAUAUAGUCAUUUACUUCAAAUGUAUCUCUGUACCAAUUCGGCCACUUGGGUACAUUUGGGCAACUUGUGUGGGACACCUGGAUGACUACAUGCUCAAUAUCAUGUAGCUCACUCAUUCCUGAAGAUAUCUUUCUGAAACCUUUUUCAAAUACUGUUGCCAUCUUAUGUUCUUCAUUCAAACCACCCCCAGCAUCCCAUCUGUAUGUUUGGAUGUUCUUGUUCAGUUGAAAGAUGAUGCAGCAACAAUAAAAACAGAAAACACA